AUGACACUUUUCACACCUCCUCUUCCUGACUUUGCACACUCAUACCUAUCUGGAAAUAACUCUCGAAAACGGAAACGCAUUCGCGCAACCUCGGAUUCCCAAUCAGACGAAGACUCCAUCUCACCCUACAACACCAACAACAAUGUCUCCGCCGCUUCCACGAAUCCGCUGAGUUUGGCCCCUGAUGAGAUUGCACAGUACAGGUUGGCGGGGUUGUCCCUAGACGAGGAGUUGCCCAGUAAAAAAGUUCUUGUGGACUGGCCACACCGAGCGCUAAAAUCACCGCAGAACGACUUUUUUCCUCCCUCGAAAUCAGCCAACGCGAAUAUCAAGGUCAAGGGAAGAGAAUCAAUUGAUGCAACCGAAGACGAAGAUGGAGAGCAGACGGACAGGCGCACCGUAAACAGGAGUCGGGCACCGCACGGUCACCACUUGCGAUUGCAACAUCUCAAUGUCUUGACUGCUAUAGUACACCGAUGUCUUCUUGAAGGCGACAUACCUCGAGCGACCAGAGCAUACUCUUUACUGUUGCGCGCAGAGGUCGGUGGACAUCCCGUCGACCUCAAAUCGACGGGAUACUGGGGGAUUGGUGCAGAGUUGCUGGCGCGGAGCGCUGAGCAAGCAAAGUCGAAUAAAUUCAAUUACACCUCUAAUACGGACUCAGAACCCGACGAAGAGGAGACCAAAAAUGAAGUACCACAAGCGCACGGAGAUCUGGACGAUAAGCAGAAAGAGUGGGGAUCUAGAUCUGGUCGUGAAAAUGCGAAAUCCUACUACGAAACCCUGAUUGUUCAAUACCCCUACAAGAAGCAAUAUCAUAGCUACUAUAGUUCCCUGAGCUUCUGGCCAGCGAUGGCGGCCUGCGAAAUCUACGGGAUUCAAUAUGAGCAAAGAGAAAGCCUCCGUAAACUAAGCCGGGAGAAUGGAGAUGGCUCCGAUUCAUCAGAAGCAGAUAAUGGUGAGGACGAAAUUUAUGAAGAUGAACACAGCAAUCUUGCUUCUUCUAUUGCCCCAGCAUUAUCAAAAGAGCGGUCUCGUCAAUAUCGCAGAACCGAAAAAUUAUGGACUCGACAGGAUGAUAUUCGUAUUGCAGCUCUUACUGCUUCUGAGGCACUUGCUUCCCGCAUGGACGAAAUCAUGAACAAACCACCAUUCGAUAGAGAUGUAUCUAUGCUUCGCUUACGGGGAAUGAUUGCACUUUAUAUUGGCGAUCUGAAUUUGCCACUUAAGCCCGAUAGAAUCGGACAGGAAGCUGACAGGGACCGAAGAUUUCUUUUUAUGACACGAACAAAUGCUUACGAACAAGGAAAACUCAAAAAGAGGGAGCACUGGGCCAAAGCUAAAUUACUAUUUGAGAAGUCUGCAAGAGAAGGUGGGGACAAGAUUCACUUCGAGAAAGUGGUAGAAGAUGCCGACGGAGAUGAUUCUGAAGAGCAUGAUUACGAAGAAAACCUCAAAGAAAGCCGUGAACCAAGUUAUGAUGAGGCUUGGAGGUAA